AUGAUGCUCGCCUUCACAGCUCUGCUCUUUCUGGGGACACUCCCGAAGCCUAUCCUCAGAGUACAGCCAGACUCUGUGGUUGCCAGGCAGACUAAUGUGACCUUCAUGUGUGAGGGGAUCACAGGAACGAAAGAGUAUAAUAUCUCCAAAGAUGAUGGUAAAUACACACAGUUCAUACAGUUUCUACAAAAGUCUCAAAAAACGGCUGAAUUCUCCAUCUCAAAAAUUGAGGAGCAUCACGCAGGGCAAUAUCAUUGUUGCUAUAAGACCCAUGAUGGACAAUCAGAGUGCAGUGACUCCAUGGAGCUGGUGGUGACAGGAGCCUACAGUAAACCAAGUCUGUCAGUCCAGCCCAGCCCCAUAGUCACUGAAGGAGGGAAUGCCACUUUACUGUGUUACUCAGGGCAGAAAUUUCACAGACUCAUUCUGACUAUGGAAGGACCACAGAAGCGCUCUUGGAUGCUGGACUCACAGUAUAACUACUCUAUUAAGCAUUUCCAGGCCCUGUUCUCUGUGGGUCCUGUAACCUCCAGCCAAAGGUGGACAUUCAGAUGCCACAGCUUUGACAGCAAUAGACCACAGGUGUGGUCAGAACCUAGUGACAUCCUGGAGCUCGUGGUCUCAGGGACCCUCCCCAAGCCCAUCAUCAAAGCUGAGCCAGGCACUGUGAUUGCCUACAAAAGCUCUGUGACCAUCUGGUGUCAGGGGAGACUGGACGCACAACUGUAUGUUCUGCAUAAGCAGGGAAGCCCAAAACUCUGGGGCACAGAGUCCACAGAGGAGUUUGGGGAAAAGGCCAAAUUCUUCAUCCCUUCUGUGACAAAGGAACAUGUAGGACAAUAUCAGUGUUACUGUUAUACCUCAGCUGGCUGGUCAGAGCACAGUGACACCCUGGAGAUUGUGGUUACAGGAUUCCUCCCCAGUAAACCAAGACUAUCAGCACUGUCAGGGCCUGUGGCAACCUCAGGAGGAAGCAUGACUCUCCAGUGUGUCUCCGAGCAUAGAUAUAAUAAGUUCAUUGUCACCAAAGAACAUGAGAAGUUCUCCAGUUCCCUGGACUCACAGUAUAUACACACUAAUGGUCACUUCCAAGCCACAUUCUCUAUGAGUCCUGUUACACCAGCCUACAGAGCGAAAUUCAGAUGUAAUGGUUACUACAAGCAUAUCCCAAAGCUGUGGUCAGUAUCCAGUGAUCCAUUGGAAAUACAAAUCUCAGGGCUGUCAAAGAAGCCGUCUUUGCUAACUCAUCAUGGUAGUAUCUUGGAUCCUGGGAAGUAUCUCACUCUGCAGUGUUGCUCUGACAUGGACUAUAGCAGAUUUUUUCUGCACAAGUUGGGGGAAGCUCACUUCAUCCAGAAGAAUGGCCAGAGGACCCGGGCUGGCCUCUCCUUGGCCAACUUCACACUGGGCUCUGGGAACAGCUCUACUGGAGGCCAAUACAGAUGCUAUGGUGCACACAACCUCUCCUCUGUGUGGUCAGCCUCCAGUGACCCCCUAGACAUCAGGGUCACAGGUGAGGAAACACUUAGAUUUCAGCAGAUCACAGCCCCUGCAUAG